CUUAUUUGGUCGCGCGCCACGUGAACAACAGCACCGGGCGAAACAAAGGCGGCCGGGCGUCGUGCCGGCCGCCCGCCUCCUCGUGCUCUGGCACUUGCCCCCAAUGAUCUGCUGAGGCCACGCGGGGGACCUUUGUCUUUGUUUGCAGGCCAGCCACACGGUGAUCAUGAGCGCGCUGGGGCUGCCCGGGUACCAGUUCAGCACGACCUACGUCGGCAGCUCCGAGUGGGGGCCCAGCGAGUGCUACCCGGUGCUGCUGGGGGAGGUGGACAGUUCAGGGAGCCUCAACGCGCAGUGCUCCCACCGGCUGUCCGAGCACAUCCGCACCAAGGCCGUCUUCCAGACCCAGCAAGAUCGCUUCGUGAAUUGGCAGCUGGACACGGAGUACAGGGGCGACGACUUCACAGCCACGCUCACGCUGGGACACCCCAACCUCCCCAACACGUCCGGCGUGGCAGUGGCGCACUUCCUGCAGAGCGUGUGGGGGGGGCUGGCGCUGGGCGGGGAGCUCGUGCUGCACCGGCACGCCGGCACCCACGGGGCCAUCCUCACGGCCGCGGGGCGCUACACCGGAGAGAACUGGGUGGCGACGCUGAACGUGGGCCAGGGCGGUGCGCACGCCAGCUACUACCACAGGGCCAACCGCCAGGUGCAGGUGGGGGUGGAGUUCGAGGCGAGCACGCGGACGCGCGAGAGCAGCUUCUCGUUCGCCUACCAACUCACCCUGCCGCGCACCAGCACCGUGUUCAGAGCGUGUGCCGACAGCAACUGGGUGGUUGGUGCGGUGCUGGAGAGGCGACUGCGGCCGCUACCGCUCACGCUGGCGCUCGGAGCCUUCCUGAGCCACCGCCGGAGCCGCUUCCAGUGCGGCUUCAGCCUCACCGCCGGGUGAACCGCAACAACCACGACAACCACAACCACAACCACCACAACCAACUCAACCACCACCAACCCAACCACAACAACAGCAACAACAACCACAACAACCACAACCAAGUCAACCACCACCAACCCAACCGCCACCACCACCGCCGCUUCCGGCUCAGCUUCAGCCUCACCGCCGGGUGAACCGCAACAACCACAGCAACAACAACCACAACAACCACAGCAACAACAACCACAACAACCACAACCAAGUUAACCACCACAACCGCUUCCGGCAUGGCUUCCGCCUCACCGCCGGGUGAACCACAACCACCACGACCACCGCUACCACCGCAACCACUUAUCAAAUCUCCCACCAUCAGAACCACCACCAUCGCCACUCCAACCAUCAAUUAGAAUCACCCCCAUCAACAACAGCAUCUACACCGCUACCACCACCAACACCACCACCAACAUUCUAGAUUUGAAGCUUUCGCGACUGCAAAGAUUCAUACUCUUGGGUUUUUUCGGUAAAGUCACGUAGGUGAAAAUAUUAAAAUAAAUAAUAAAAUUAAUAAACAAACAUAAGAUCCAAGUCCGAUUCAGUACAGCACAUAAAAUCCGUGAUCUAAUCCCAUCUGUGAAGAUGUCAUCCCUGACUUGCAAUACCCUGGAGUCUACAAACUUAGUUGCAGCUGUGGUGACUUACAUUGGGGAAACGAAACUGUCAUGUCUCUGAUCGUGUCCGCGAGCACAAGUCAGAUCUGAAACACGGCAAAAUUGAGUCUUCCGCCGUUGCCGAUCAUUGCCACAACGCUGUGGGCUCUCAUGAUAUUGUCUUUUCCGAGACCAAGGUGCUCUGCAAACCCUCUGGCUACCAUCAGAGGUUUGUAGACGAAGCCAUACAGAUAUACAAACACAGACAUGGCUUCAACCGUGAUGAUGGGUAGAAACUGUGUAAUCAUUGGAAACAUGUUAUUAACCAUGUAUAACAGAUUUCCACGGGUUCAGUUCUGAGUGGACCAGGGAGCCACUUGAAGGAGAAUGGGUCUCAGAGGUAGUUCUGUGAUGUCCACUUGCAUGGGCCAUUGAAGGAGAACCACUUACUCUGAACAUUAACAUAAUUUAUCACUCAUUAUGCGGCGGAUUCCUCGACCUUUGGUUGUCCUGUACAUUAACAUAAUUUAUCCUUCGUUUUCCCGGUGUAGCGCGCACGGCCGAACGCUUCCCCCGUCCCGGGAUGAGACCGCUCGCUCUGCCUUCCGUGUCCCCGUGCGUGCGUCUGUCUGUGUGUGUGUGCGUCUGUGUGUGUAUGUGUGUCUGUCUGUGUGUGUGUCUGUGUGUGUGUGUGUCUGUGUGUGUGUGCGUCUGUGUGUGUGUGUGUCUCUGUGUGUGUCUGUGUGUGUGUCUCUGUGUGUGUGUUUGUGUGUCACUGUGUGUGUGUCUGUGUGUGCGUCUGUCUCUGUGUGUCUGUGUGUGUGUCUGUGUGUGUGUUUGUGUGUCACUGUGUGUGUCUGUGUGUUUGUGUCUGUGUGUGUGUGUCUGUGUGUGUGCGUCUGUGUGUCUGUCUGUGUGUGUGUCCGUCUCUGUGUGUGUGUGUGCGUCUGUGUGUCUGUCUGUGUGUGUGUGUCUGUGUGUGUCUGUGUGUGUGUCUGUUUCUGUGUGUUUGUGUCCGUCUCUGUGUGUGUGUGUCUGUGUGUGUGUGUGUGUGUCUGUGUGUCUCUGUGUGUCUGUGUGUGUGUGGGGAGCGGUGGUGUAGCGGUUAGCGUGACGCUGCGCUACGAAUCCGGCGCCCCGAGUUCGAUUCCCGUUCACGCCCAACACCAGUGACGAUUACCUGAACCGGUUCUGGGCCUCCCCUAGGUUGACUCAGCCUCGAAUGAGUACCUGGUGCAGUGGGUAAAACAUCGCCCCUGGGGGAGACAAAGGCGGUCGGGCUUGGCGCUGCCCCCCCCCACCCCCUUGUGUACCGUCCCAGCCUUUAUAGGUGCUCGCUAACAGCACUUGCUCUUACAGUCUGUCCAGGCUACAUGGGGGAUCUUUGUCUGUGUAUCUGUCUGUGUCUGUGUGAGUCUCGAGGGGAGCGGUGGCGCUGUGGUUAACGCACCGCACCACGAACCCGGCGACCCGAGUGAGAAGAUUUCCGCUCACGACCAAAAAACACAGUGCCGAAUAUUCUAACCGGUCCUGGGCUUUCCCCUAGGUCGACUCAGCCUUAAAUGAGUAGCUGGUGCGGUGUUAUUGUAAACAUCGCCACUGGGGAGACAACGGUGGCCGGGCGUGGUGCUGGCCACCCACCCCCUCGUGUGCUGUGCCUGCCUUAAUAGGUGCUCGCUAACAGCACUUGCCCCCGCAGUCUGUGUAGGCUAUACGGUGGUGAAGCCAUCCCCCAGUUCGAUUCACGGAGAACAGUGACGACUGUCGAAAACCGAGCCAUCUCCCCCCGGGUCAACUCAGCCUUAAAUGAGCAUCUGGUUCAGUGUGUCAGCGUCGCUACUGUGGAGACAAAGGCGGUCCGGCCUGCCCAGGUGCGCGGUGGGCAGCUCUUGGCGUCCCCCUGGCGAUGGACUUGUGGACGUUCUCCGACCCGUUCUUCCUCGUGUCUUGU